CCGGCGUGCCCCGCCUCAACAGCCCCCGCCGCAUGCGCAUUGCCUCGGGAAGCCAGUGGGCGGCGGUGUAAACAAACAAGUUCGAAUGGGGGAGACGUUUAAACCGUCACCUGGGGGCAGCAGCGCGGGGCCAGGGUUACUCAUGGUGGAUGUACUGAGGCAUUAAAUUAUGCAGAAAGCCUCAAAGAAGAACAAACAGGCACUUGCUUCGUAUAAAGAUCUGACCGUCCUUCCUCCAGCCAAGAAAAAAGAGGAAAAUCGGGAGGACUUUGUAGAGCUGCUGCCUCCAGAAGUCAGUUUUAAAAUUUUCAGUGAACUGGAUAUUCAGAGCUUAUGCAAAGCUGCAGUGACAUGCAAGAGCUGGAAUCGUGCAAUUGAGAACAGUGACCAUUUGUGGAAACAUCACUGUUUAACUGUAAGAGCUGUCUGUCAGCGAGAGAUAGACUGUGAUCGAGGAAAUGGAUAUUCGUGGAAGGUCACUCUACUGAGAAACUACUGGAAGAGCAAAGUGAAGCAUGAAUGGCUAAGUGGAAAAUAUAGCAACAUUCACUCACGCUGUGGCUUACCAGAAAAAAGCAUGUAUCCCAUGGAUGCUGAUACAUGGGGAGAAAUACUGGAAGCAGAACUGGAGAGAUAAGAAACCACAUGGAUCUUAAAUAGCAAGAAAUGGCACAGAACUGACUGUUUUUACUGUAAAUAUUUAGCCAUUCACACCAGUGACAUUUGCAAAUAUGUAAUAGAAACUUCACUGGAAAAAAUGUAUAAAUACAGAGUUUAUUUUUAUUUUGCACUUUA